AUGGCUUUCAAGAUACCUCUUCUCGAUUCCUUAUCACUCACGAAGGGUUACUUUCACGAUAUUCCUAAUUUUCGAUGGGCCGAUGUCACAGACAAGGACGAAAUAGGGAAGGGAAGUUUCGGGUCCGUGAUGAAGGGAAACUACAUUCCGGAGAAGAAAACCGUGGUGGUAAAGCGAUUUUUCGGCGAGGGAGACUCAAAUCUGAAGAUCGUAGCAAAGGAGGCGAAGAUGUUGCAAAAUCUACGGCAUCCUAAAGUCGCAGAGUUUGUUGCUGUUUGUCCUAAACCGGUGGCUAUAAUGAUGGAAUAUGAAUGUUUUGAUUUCUUUCCAUUCGGUCUUGAUGUUCAGGUUUCAGAUCUACUCGAUUUGUUGCACUGCCUGGAUCGAAUACAAACUGUGGAAGCCUUUAAACACUUUUUACCUCUUUUUCCCAAGGCAGAGUUUGAUAUCGCUGAGGGACUUGAAUUCUUGCAUUCAAGGAACGUGGUACACCGCGACUUAAAACCAGGGAAUGUCCUGGUCAGUAACAAGCACUACACGCGACCGGAAGUCGAGAAACAUCAAUUUGAAGAUUUGUUCUUUGUUGAGCCAGUGGUCUGCAAACUAACUGAUUUUGGUGAAAGUCGCUCACAGUUACUUCAAACUUCUGCAUUAAUUCAUGCGAAGACGUCCAACAUUGAGCGUGGGACAAAACCAUAUAUGGCUCCUGAAAUAGUCGUGGAGAGCCAAAAAUUAGCGUCAGCAACCCUGGAGGACAUGAAGGCAAUCGAUGUUUGGGCCCUCGGGAUGACUUUGUUCAGCAUCUUAAAUCCUGACACCAGUUUUCCCUUUGAAAUUGAAUUGAAAUCAACCUUUCCCACCACCCCUGAUGGACCUGCCAAAUGUAAGCGGGCUCUA